UUGCACCUCUGUGUUUUUUCGCCUGCUACGGUCGUUUACAUUGUGUGACGCUUGGACUUGGAUACUGACAGGAUGGAUGUUGGUGGUCAUGAGCCGUGACCGCACUGUUUGUCUAUGGUCGUGACAGAGGGAGCUGCGUUGACAAAGAACAGAAGGAAAUAUUUCAGCAUUUUUUCUUUUUUUCCAGGCCUAAAUGUCAGACAUCUUUUGAAUGGCUGACAUAGGCUAAUUAGCCAAUCUGCUAGAAAAUAUAUAUAUUUCAAAUAGACUCACGCAUAUAUAUUUAGAUACUUGUUCUGUUCACUAGGCCUACUGAUUAUUGAACAUUCAUUUAAUGUCGGUAUAUGUCUUUGAGAUUUACCCCCCAAACACUACUUUGAAAUAUGGGAUCGAAAAUGGUAGGCCUAAGGACAAAGGAGACAUGUAGGCCUAAAAUACACCUAAUGUUGGACCUAAGCUUGCAUCUCUGAGCAUACAGUAUACUGUACCGCACCAUACCCACAUCGAGUGUCUCGCCUCCUGCUUUGAUGGAUGACCCUGCAGGUUGCUGGCGCACUGAUACCACCAAAUCUCCGUCGGCGAGGUGGUCCUGUGAGUUUUACACCUAAUUCUGCCAAGUUUCCAAAGGCAUCCGGGAUCCUGUAAAGACUGCACUGAGGUGACAUCAAGGAUUAAUAUCGCCAGAUGAGUGGGGUCUUUUCGAUGCUCAAACUCAGUCAAUCUCGGAUAAGCCUACCAUUAAGCCUUUGCGUUUUUACUAGGCUAUUUCAUGCAUUUUUACGCACGGUCGAAUCUAUCGAAUAGCCGUUGAAAUGAUGGAAAAACGGAAACCAGAAUUUAGGCAUCUCAGUCCUAUUGUCAAUGGGUGCAAGUCCCCACAGCACGACAGCCUGACUACUUCCAUAACAGGUCGUGUCAGUGGGGAGGGGGGCGAAGCUGUUAGCGAGACACAGGAAAACACGACUGCGGCGUCGGGGGACUCAGCUGAGAGGAAGCGCGUCCCCAGGGAGCACUGCAACGGGACUAUCUUCAUUAAUGGCGUUUCCAAGGAAACGGCGUACCACAGCGAGCUAAAAAAGUUAGUACCGGUUAUCGAAUUGGCCAGGGGAGGAGGACCGGUGGAUAUAAAAGCUAGGGAGCAGACGGCAGACAUUAACCACAAGGUACAGACCACGGAGCUGUGCAGACCGCAGAUACCCCUGCCACUGGAUUCCCGGGACCCGUUGUUGAGCGAAACUCGAAUGGUGCAGUUGAGCCCGCUCGCCUUCCCUCUCCCUGCACGAGCGAUGCUGUACAGUAACUUUGCUCAACCACUCGCCACCAUGAACAGUGGCUAUGGUGGCGAGACAGAACAGUAUGGCAUGUACCCCAGCCAUCGGAUCAAACGACGACCCGCGCCUUAUGAGAUUGAAAUCAACGAUGAUAAUGGCUCACAGCCUAAAAUUGUGCGGCGGAUCUUCACCAACAGCCGUGAGCGUUGGCGCCAGCAGAACGUGAACGGCGCGUUCGCUGACCUCCGCCAGCUCAUCCCUACCCACCCGCCCGAUAAGAAGCUCUCCAAAAACGAGAUCCUCCGACUGGCCAUGAAGUACAUCAACUUCCUGGCCAAGCUACUGGACGACCAGGAAGGUGUGGUGGGGGGCGGCAGUGGUGCUGAGGGGGCCUGGGCUCCCGAGGGCCAUGAGGAGAGCCUGGUCCGGGAGGAGCUCCUCCAGGGCAUGCUGUCAUCCAGCAACUCCAGCUGCGGGAGUCUUCUGGGAGGGGAUGGGAGUCCCGACAGCUACACCGAGGACCAAGACUCGUCUGUCGAGUCUCGAACGCAAACCUCCAGGGUUCUCCAUCCUCACUCUGGACUCCAUAUGGACGAACACAACCACAGAUGACUCAGCAUUUUCCCUAUGUGGAGAAGAAAAGAGACAAUGUGAGAAGCAGGAGCUUGGCGAUUUGGAGCAUUUUUCCACCUGGGUAGAGAGGGGUCAAUAGGGUGUGUUGAAUGUUGAUGCAUUUGUGUUGUGUACAGAUUUGCUCUUUCUCUUCUUCCUGUUUCGCUCAAUGGCUCUGUCUGUUAUUGGCCAAUCCAGAGGAGGGUGUGUUCUCUGGUGGAACAUGUCCCAGCUGCUGUUGUAAGCAGGUGAUGGAUUUGGAAGUCAUGAAAGUACAAACUAAGUUGAAAAUGAAGAAAAUAUUUAAAAACAGUGAAGGUGUUUCUGGAAAAAGGCAUGAAAUUGCAAAAUGAUACCUUUUCUUGUCUAAGGUGAAAGUUUGUUUAGGUACACUGCUUGACUCUAAACAAAAAUGAGAACUGUGUUCUUAAGUACUACAGACUACUAAAUGUAAGUGACUUGUCUUCAUUUUAGGGUCCGCUAAAGUUCAUUUGAGUUCCUUUAGAACCUAACAUUUGGGGUUUAUCAAAUAAUAAUGUCCAGACCUGAAAUCCAGAAAUGGUUUUCUUGAAGAUCACCUCAUUAGUUGUUGGAUGGCACAGUUAAUCCCCAGCACAAAUAGUUAUUCAGUGAGAUAACUGAUAAUAACCGAUAAUCGGUCAAGACAAAAAAAAGUGUGAGAUCUCGGUGUGGCUGUCAAUGACGGGAGAAGAACAAAAUGUUUAAAAGUCUACUUGUUAAUGUGAUAUUCACAUAAACCACAUGGUUGCAAUAUUUACCAUACAAAAUGUAAUUGAGAUUAUAGGUGCACACACACACACACACACACACACACACACACACACACACACACACACACACACACACACACACACACACACACACACGCACACACACACACACACACACACACACACACACACACACACACACACACCAUUUGAAGUUCACACAUACCAUUCGAAGUUCACACACACACCAUUCAUGUUAACUGAGAGCCAAAACAAAGGAGAAAAUUAUUCCUGUCCAAUAACAGAACAAUAAAACAACAUUAUAAUAUCUCUGUAUCUAAAGAUAUUUAAAGACAGGUACAAGCAUUCCACUCUAAGUGUACAUAAAACGGACAAUGGAAACAUUUUUCAACUGCUUCUUUCCCUGUAACCACGGUACAUUGAGUUUAUCCUGUUUUUACACCUUCUUUCAUUUAUCUUUUAUUGAUAACAUUCAUAAAGGAAGUGUUUUACCACUGUAUUUAACACAAUGUACAUGCUAUUUCAGCAUACUAUUGAGUAACCAGAAUUGGUACCUUUUAAUUCUAUGAUGUAUUAAAUAUAAAGUUGUUAUUUUGUAGGAUAAAACCUUUCCAUCUAUAAAUACAUGCAGUGUUAUGUUGUAUGAAACCACAAAAUAAAAAAAAUGGAGAAAAAUAA